AUGAGUAAAGAAAAGCCAGAAGUCGAUCAAACGUCUGCUGUGGCCGUGACGACCUCCGGAAGCCUCAAGGAUAAUGACAUAGAAAAGGCAGCGACAUCGUACCUUCCGCAGAGCGAUGACCAAUACAAUGUUACUCUCAAGACAUGGUGUGUGGUCAUCAUUCUGGCUUUAUCUUAUGGCAUUAGCUUCUGGAUUGUGCCCGCACUCAGUGCUGUCCAAUCUGUAACUGCGACACAACUUGGUGACCCUUCCGCUGCCGCCUUCUAUAUUGCGCUCUAUACUAUGACGGUGACAAUUGCCUUUAUGGUUUGUGGAGCAAAUAGCGAUCUUUUUGGGCGUCGGUGGUUUAUUGUUGGCGGGAACGUCGUACUUUUCGUCGGAUUCAUUGUUGGAGGUUCUGCAAAGAACAAUACUGCGAUGAUGGCCGCCAUGUCUCUGAUAGGCUUUGGGGCUGGAAAUGCUCAACUAGAUGCUGGUGUAUAUUUUGCAGUUGUAGUAGGGCCUGUAGCCGGAAGAUUUACGGCAGAGCAUGCAGACACGUGGCGAUGGCUGUUUUACGCUCCGGCAAUCUGCGUGUUCUUCAGUUUCCUCGGGCUUUAUUUCUACUACUUCCCUCCCAAACACCCGCGAGGUCUUCCCACGAAGCAAGCCUUCAAGGAACUGGACUAUGUCGGCUCAAUCCUCUUCAUUCUCUCCGCAACCCUCAUCCUCGUCGGCAUCGUCUAUACCACCACUCUUCCAUCUAACAACCCGAAAGUCAUUGGAACCCUUGUCAGCGGCUUUACAUGUCUUGUGAUAUUUGGAUGUUGGGAAACCUUUGCGCCGCUCAAGCAGCCACUUACGCCUACUCAUGUCUUCACUCGUGACAAGGGUCGGGAACUUACUGCCCCCUUUAUCGUUGGUUUCGUCGUGACCAUGUUUUACUAUGCAAUUAAUGUGAUCUAUCCAACGAUGAUCGCGGUUUUCUUUACGGAUACAACGACCGACUUCAAAUACGGCAUUGUUAUGACACUCCCCCAGAAUUUAGGUCUCUGUUUCGGUGCCGCUCUUCUAACUAUCUUCGGUCGUAAGAUUGGGCAUUGGAAGUGGACUCUGACUGCCUCAGUCAGCAUUAUGGUGGUCUUCGGUGCUUUGCUAGGCCUCGGAAACCCUAACCGAAAGGGAAUGAUGAUUGCGUUUGUCUUCCUCGCUGAAACUGGCUUCGGAUGGGCUCAAUACCUUUCUAUUGCCUUCAUUCAGUUCGGUGUUCCGCAAGUUGAGCUCGGUAUCUCUGGUGGCUUAGCUGGGGUGUCGCGGUUUGCCGGUGGAUCUGUCGCGAUAGCAGUAUACACUACGAUCCUAACCAACGUCCAAUCCACCAACGCUGCCAAGCUCAUACCCGCUGCAGCAACGGCCGCCGGACUUCCUGCAGACUCUGUUCCAGCACUUCUCACAGCACUUCCCCUCGGCGCCUCGGCGCUAACUCAAGUCCCUGGGAUAACAAACGAUAUCGCCGCCGCGGCUGGUGCAGCCUUUCAGCAGAGCUACGUCGUUGGACUCAGAACAACUGCGUUGAGUAGUUUGAGCUUUGGAAUUGUCGCGAUUAUCGCGUGUUUGUUUUGCAAUGAGAUUGCGCACAAAAUGGAUAAUAAGAUUGAAGUGUUCUUGGAGAAUGAUGAGAAUGCUGAUAAAAAUCGGUUCCACUAA